AUGUGGAGGGUUGUUUUCCUCUCCUUUUUGCCAGACACGCUGAGGAUUGUCCUGCUGGGGAAGACUGGAUGUGGGAAGAGCAGCCUGGCCAACACCAUCUUGGGGAAGGACGUCUUCGAAGUGAAGAACUUCACCAGCUCAGCGGUCACUCACUGCCAGUCAGAGACCCAACGAGUCCACGGCAGGAGCCUCACUGUGGUCGACACGCCCGGCUUCUUUCACUCUGGACUGUCUGAGAAGGAGCAGAAGCGUGAGAUAGAGAGGUGUACCUCAGAGUGCGCUCCUGGGCCCCAUGCCUUUCUCAUCGUGCUCAAAGUGGAGAAAUUCACAGAGCAGGAGAGACAGGUCGUCAGAAUCGUACAGGAAUGUUUCUCUGCGGAGGCCUUUAAGUAUUCCGCUGUUGUUUUCACACAUGGCGACCAGUUGGCGGAAGGCACGAAGAUAGAGGAGUUUAUUAGAAAGAACCAGCAGCUGAAAGAUCUGGUGGAGAAGUGUGGAGGGAGAUGCCACGUCGUGGAUAACAAAUACUGGAAAAACAAACAGGACGAGGUCAGAAACAACCAGUUCCAGGUGGAGCAGCUGCUCAACGCCGUCGGGAAAAUGGUGACGGAAAACCAUGGCGGCUGCUACAGCACAAAAAUGCUGCAAGACUGGCAGAAACGGAACCAGCAACCCGUAGUCCACCGUUUAUUUCAGACUGUUAUAAAAUAUAUAAGACCGAAGCCUGUGUUAAUUUUCUGUGUGAUAAUUUUAGGUAUAAUUUCAUGGAAAAGAUGGGGAGUACAUCCUACAGAAAUCAAUUAGGACCAGAUAAUUGAAUUGGACUGAUUACAGAAUCUCUACCGGCGGUCUGAAACUGACAGCAGCUCCAUCAUGAUUUGCUGCUCUGAAUGUUUCUCUAAGAGUAAAAAUCAACAUCUUUAGUCCCACUGACAUUGUUAUCCUAUUUCU